CUCCAGAGCCGCUCGUGUGCAAUGUCAGGCUGCGUCCGCUAGAGCGCGCUUGGAGCAUCAAUACAAAUGCCCUCACAUCAUCGCUGGCUGAAUGCGUCAAGCGCACCGUAAGCAGCGAAAAAAGGGGGGCAUCUUAUCGGUACAGAGACCCCAAGAGCGCCGUGUGUUCCCGGGGCCUAACCACAGCCGCAACAGGGUCUUGGGGGACAUUGAUACGCACCUCGACGUCCAGGAAAAGCGAGUGCGUUCUCAUCCAAAAACAUGGGGGCCACACAGCUUCUGGUGCUGCUGUCAGUCACCAUGCUCCACUUGGUGUCAGGUAUGAGCUUCAUGACUCCAGAACCUGAUACACCUCCGACCUCCAGCCCGGACGCCUAUCCCCCCCGGGAGCUACUCCACGCCGCCCUGCAAAGUAAAGAGUACCUUGGACAACCCGCCACAGGUACGACCACCAACCCCACCCAGGCUGUGCCCAGGCUGAGGCAGAGCGAGGCCACCGCAGCGGGUCUCUCUCCGGGUAUGCUGACCACAAGUCCCUCCAGGCAGUCUGGGCUGAGGAGCUCCAUGUCCUCCCUGCCUGUGGAGGAGGAGACCACUACCACUCUGAUCACGACUACUACCAUCACCACCAUGCACGCUCCAGUACAAUGCAACGCAACCUUGUCCGCUAUGGAAGAUGUGGUUGAGUCACCAGACCCGAGCACCGUGUCCCCCCUGGAGUGUACCUAUAGCAUCACCGUCUACUCGGGCUAUGGAGUGGAGAUUCAGGUAAAGAAGGUUGACCUGUCCCGAGAUGAGUCCCUGACCAUUCUGACCUACGGGAGUCAGGGCCUGAAGUUUUUAGCCGACAAAGCGGUGAUGAGCGAGGGCCAGGUCAUCCGCAGUCCCACCAACCAGGUCUUCAUCCACUACAAGAGCCGUCGCCAGAGCAAUCACGGGGUGUUCAGCCUGCACUAUCAAGCCUAUGUGCUGUCCUGCCCGUUCCCUCGCUCCCCUGAGAACGGAGGAGUGACCGUGACGGACAUCCACCCCGGAGGUCAGGCUCAUUUCCACUGUGACCCCGGCUUCCAGGUCAGAGGUCAUGAAGUCGCGUCUUGCAUCAAUGCCACCGAGCCGCGCUGGAGUACGCCGGAACCGCAGUGUGUUGCCGUUUCGUGUGGAGGUUGGGUUCGUAAUGCCACAGUGGGUCGUAUCCUGUCCCCUCCGCCUCCCACCGUCAGUAACCACAGCUCUGGGAACAACUUGAGCUGUCACUGGCUCAUAGAGGCCAAGGAGGGCCACCGGCUGCACCUGCACUUUGAGAGGAUCGCACUCGACGAAGAUGAAGACAGACUGAUCGUGCGCAGCGGGAACAGCUCGUCGUCUCCGUCUCUGUUUGACUCAGAUGCAGACGAUGUACCAGAGCGCGGCCUCCUCAGUGAGAGCUCUGCCCUCUACCUGGAGCUGACCGCAGACUCCUCCUCCAUCCCUCUGCUCCUGGCCCUGCGCUACGAAGCCUUUGAUGAUGAGCACUGCUGGGAGCCGUACAUGCCCCACGGGAACUUCACCAGCAGUGACCUGAGCUUCCAGCUGGGCACCACGGUCAGCUUCACCUGCUCCCCGGGCUUCGUCAUGGAGCAGGGGUCAUCGGCCAUAGAGUGUGUAGACCCCAGCAACCCACACUGGAACGAUACUGAGCCCGUGUGCAAAGCUCUGUGCGGAGGUGACCUGACGGAGCCCUCUGGGACCAUCCUGUCUCCUGAUUGGCCGCAGAGUUACUCCAAAGGUCUGGACUGUGUGUGGCAGAUCCACGGCAGCGAGGACAAGCGCAUCGAGCUGGAUAUCCACAUCCUGAACAUCCGGCACAUGGAUGUACUCACAGUGUUCGACGGGCGGGACCUGAUGUCUCAUGUGAUUGGACAGUACCUGGGCUCUAAAGAGCGCUUCCAGGUGGUGUCCGGGGGGUCAGAGAUCACCAUCCAGUUCCAGAGUGACCCGGAUGAUUCCAGUUUCAUCCUGAGCCAGGGUUUCCUCAUCCACUACAGAGAGGUGGAGCCCAACGACACGUGCCCCACCCUCCCUCAGAUUGAGUUUGGUUGGAUCAGCUCGUCUCACCCUUCACACGUCAGGGGCAGCGUGCUCACCUACACCUGUCUGCCAGGGUACGACAUCAGCGGCACUGACAUCAUCACCUGCCAAUGGGAUCUCUCCUGGAGCAGCAGCCCACCCACUUGUGUCAAAGUUCAGCAGUGCCCAGACCCGGGGGAGGUAGUGAACGGAGCACGGUCAGUCCGUCCUGAAGCUGGCUUCGCUGUCGGGACAGUGGUGCGUUUCUCCUGUAACCAAGGAUAUCAACUGGAAGGGCCCAGUCAGAUCUCCUGCCACGGCCGCGAUACGGGGACCCCCAAGUGGAGCGACCGUGGCCCAAAAUGUGUCUUGAAGUACGACCCCUGCCCAAACCCCGGCGUCCCUGACAACGGUUACCAGACGCUGUACAAGCACAGCUACCAGGCGGGGGAGACACUGCGCUUCUUCUGCUACGACGGCUACGAGCUGAUCGGAGAGGUCAUCAUCACCUGUGUGCCCGGGCAUCCGUCACAGUGGAACAGCCCGCCACCAUUUUGCAAAGUGGCCUACGAGGAGCUGUUGGAGGAUCACAAAUUAGAAGUCUCUCAGUCGUUUGAGCCAUCUCACCAGAUCCUGGGCGAGAACAUUGCUCUGGCCAUCAUCCUGCCCAUCAUCCUCGUCAUUCUGUUGAUCGGAGGAAUUUACAUGUACUACACAAACAUCUGCAGAUUAGAAUGGAAGCCUCUGUUCUGGAAGUCCCUCUCCCACACACACUCCUACAGCCCCAUCACGGUGGAGUCGGACUUCAACAACCCACUCUACGAAGCAGGGGAUACACGAGAAUAUGAAGUUUCCAUUUAAAAGUUCGUGGGUACUACCAAAAUUACACAAAGAAAGAUACAUUUUAAUGCAUUUUUUAAGAGAUAAUGUUUAUAUUAUUUACAAUGCCUUUCUUUGCUUUUUUUAUUUAUGUAUUUAUUUAUUUAUUUUGAAAACUCUGUGACAUAAAAGUGCUUUUCUUUUUUAUAUUGGCCCAAUCAUGGAUUCUAUUUUGCGAUUCGUCAAGACUGGUGCCUUAUCAAGGGUAUGGAAAUUCCAACAACAAAAAAGGCCAGCGUGUUGUUUAUUUAUUGAAUUCAUUUAUAAUUUUUGUAUUUAUUUAUUUAUGUAUUUAUUUAUAUGUAUUUAUUUAUAGGCCAAACGUAAACGGCAACUUGGCAAUAUGUGGUUUGAGAUGAUUUUUACGUCGACGCAUCGAGUGCACACGAAACAGUUGAAUGUUUUCUUUUCAAGUGGCUCUUGUUACCGUGGGGUUUAAGCGGUUAGAGAAGGGGGGUGCAAUUGUGUAUUCGAAAAUAUUCUUCACUUUGUGUGUAAACUAAUUGCGCGCACAAACUGAAUGUAAAUAUGUGACUUAUCGACGAGGUUGUUACAAAAUAUACAAAAUACACACACACGCGCACACACACACAGACAUAAUGUAUUUAAACCUCGUCCGUAUAUACGCUUCUACGGUGGUGGGAGGCUAUCUAUUUUCAUUACCAGUAUAAUGGAAAUCCAGUGCCAAAUUAUAACGUGUAAUAUGUUAAUGUCUCUGUGUUUCAUCCGUUGUUAAAAUAGUGUUUACAAAGGCGGUGUUUCUUUUAUUCUUUGCUCUUUUCGGAAGCACGCCAUCGAUCAUGCGCUGUCACAUGACCCCUGCGGAGAGGAGGAGGGAACAUGAAUGUCAUUAUGCUCCAAAGCAUGCACUGAUUGUAAAUUAUAUUGCUUCAGCUCAACCAUGACAUUAUUGAUUAGCGUUACUCACAGAUUUCAUUGUUAUCAGAUUCGAUGUUGUAUGCGCUAUGUUGAUGACAAACGACAAACUUGGCUGCUUGCUGUAUUGCAUUAUGUAUUUAUUUACACCUGAUUGUUUGGACAGUGGAUCUAGUCUCAUCCGCUGUUUUAAAGGAACAAUCUUGGAGACUGUUGCUUUGUAGAUUUCUCUUUUCACCUGUAGCAUUUUUGGCUUCAUAUACAAAUACUCACUUUUGAAGGCAGUAAUCUAUUUGCUGA